AGUGAAUGCACGUUCUGCCGGAAGUCGACGAAUCAGUUGUAUGGCGAACACGGCCGCUGCAUACAACAAAGCAGGAAUGUCCAUCACACUCAACCUGCACAAACGCACACUCACGCACACAUGCACACACAUAUUUGGAGACACCAACAUCGACAAACGGGCGUGGUGAUUCUCUUGGUCUUAUUCACUGAGAACUGAGAUGAGCCUCUGAGUUGACCAAGUCCAUAAAGCUCUUGACAUUCUCGUCUGGCAAGUGAACCGACAGUAGGGUGGGAAGCCGCACUCGGUGCUUAAGGCGGGUGGGGCAGCGCUCGCGACACGCCGAAGCAGAUGCUCCAGCAGACGCAUGCAGGCGUGCAGGGCACAGAUGCCUGUCAGCAUCAUGCGGACGUCGUCCAUGACGAAGGCUGCCCGCCCGCCGCCGCUGGAGGGCCGGUGGGCACACCCGACCUUGAUCAUGGGCACUGGGUCAGCUGGCUUCACCUGCGUCCUCAGUCGCCGGGGCGCUUGCGGCAGGUCGUUGGUCGAGGAAGUCGACAAAGCACUUGUAGGCAAGAGGAGGCUCCUCCAUGUCACGCACGUCGUCCAUGUGCAGCCUGGCCUCGUGGAGGCCACCGCUGUCUGCAGAUCGCUGUGGGGGGAGAGCUCGAGCACCCUCGCGUCGUGUGUGGGGCAGGACGAGCCGAGCAGUAUGUUGAUCUCGGCCAGGCCGUCGUGUGGCUUGAGCUGCAGCAGCUUGACCAGGUCCGACACGACAGAGGACGACUGCCCGUCACAGCCAACCUGCCACACACGCACACACACACACACACACACACAGAGACACAAUUCCAUCCAUCCAUCCAUCCAUCUGUCUAUCCAUCCAUCACUGCUUGCAGUGUGUGCCACAAUGUCUCCUUCACUCACGGCUUUUGUGUCGGGGCUGAUUGCCAUAGACCUUGGUAUUUGCGAUGCGAGCACGUAUGUCGAGCUCUCGCUCCUGCUUCUGCAGUGCGAUGGCCUUGGCGCCUGCUCGACGCGUGCGAUAGGGCUCGCCCGGUGGGGUGGGCGGCUUCGGCGGCACCUCUUCCUCCUCUUCUAUCUCGUCGACGGGCACGUCGUGCAUAUCCUCGUCCACCUCAUGGUCCCAUCCCCUGCCCUCUCUCCCCAGACUGCCUCGUCCCCGCUUCUUGACCGUGCCGACCUCAGCAUCGCCGUCCUCUCCCCCCUCCAUCUCGUCCAGGUCGGCGUGGCGGUUGGCCUCCUGCUCGUCGUCCAGCUGGUCCAUCAGGGCGUCGUCCUCAGCCCCUUCGCCAGCAUUCUGAUGGAAGUCAGGCUCAGAAUGACGGUCGGGCUCGUCAUCUGAACGGUGAAAGAGGUACAGUGAGUGAUUGAGUGAUUGAGUGAAUGAUGAUGAAGUCUGCAGUGAAAGUCAUUGCUGACCCUGCUGCUCCGCCUUCAGGCGCUUGUUCGCACCUGAGUGAGAGGCAGACACGCAAACAAAUGAAUGAAUGGCUCACUUGACCAUCGCUGCUUCGCUCUUCACCUGUUGAUCGGCUGCGCUGAGUGCCAUUUCUGUUGAUUCGCGGAUCAUUGUUGGCAAAGUCUUGUUUUCUUUUCUUCUUCUUUGGCAUGACGAGGCAGCUUAGACUCUUAGACCAACUUAGAACGAUGCAACUCUCAUCAUUGCUC